AUGUACAUCUCGCAGUUGUUUAUUUUGUCCCCCCGCGGUGACAAACUCGUCUUCAAAGAUUACCGGCAGGACGCCCCUCGCAACGCAGAUGAGGUCUUCUUUCGCAAGUACAAGUUCUGGGACGGCGCAAACCAUCAAGCGCCGGAGGGUGACUGUCCGCCCUUCUUCAUUGAGAAGGGCGUGAAUUUUUGUUUUGUGAAGCGGCGGGAGCUCCUCUUUGUGUGCACGUCUCUGGUAAACGCCUCCUCCAGCCUCACAGUGGAGAUUCUGCUGCGAAUCGUGAAGGUGAUUAAGGAUUACUUGGGGGUCCUCUCGGAGGAGAGCAUCCGCAAGAACUUCACACUGGUGUAUGAACUGUUGGAUGAGAUGUUUGACGUGGGCGUUCCACAGGAGCUCAACGCCGAACGCUUGCGUCCGUACAUCUUCAACGAAGUUGUUCCUGCGUUCAAUUCGGAGGCUACCUCAACCGAGUCCUUCUUUGGGAGGCUGAGGCGAGGGGAGCUAACUGAUCGGACGCGGGCUGGUGAUGCUGCUGGCUCCUCUAUUGUGCAGGCUUCGGGCGAGCGGAAGAACGAGAUUUUUAUCGAUGUUGUGGAGCGACUAAAUGUUGUAUUCAAUAGUGCUGGACAGGUGGUGGUGUCGGACGUGGACGGCUCCAUCAUAAUGAAGAGUUUUCUCGCCGGUUCCCCUGUGCUGUAUUUGAACCUCAAUGAGGACUUGGUGGUGGGGCGUGGCAGCCCGAACAGGAUGCGGUACGCAUCGGUGGUGCUCGACAGCGUUAACUUUCAUGAGGAUGCUGAUUACUCCAGCUUUGAGACAGAGCGACAGCUAUCGAUUCGGCCCCCCGAAGGCGAAUUCACGCUCAUGAACUACAGAUUGAGCGCAGAAGGUGCGCAGCCAUUCCGUCUCGUGCACUCGCUUGAGCUCCUCUCCACCUACCGAGCGGAGAUGACACUCCAGAUUCGAGCCGAGAUACCCGCCUCAACGCAUGGCAUUGCCGUGAUGGUGAGAGUCCCUCUGCCUUUGGCGUGCACGGCGGCGGCUGUGGAAUUCGGUAUCGGAGCCACUGAACAGUCGUACGACUACAAGGAUGAGGAGAAGUGUGUAAUCUGGAGCAUCGCGAAGUUCCUUGGUGGAACCGAGCAAGUGUGCAAGAUCCGUUUCUCAACGACCACACCCAUCACCGCAGCAACAAGACUUGAUGUUGGGCCUAUCUCGAUGCAGUUUGAGAUCCCGCAGUAUAGUGUGACUGGCUUGGGCAUAAAGGUGCUCCGGCUGGAGGAGCGUAGCAGCUCCUACAAUCCCUCCCGGUGGAUUCGGAACGUGGCUCUAGCGAACUCGUACGUUUUUCGUGCGCAUUGA